GGGGAGGGGAGCACCCAGCUGUUUCAGCAGACGACGCAACCUGCAACACACACACACGCACGCCACAAUGCCCGUCCUGGGACCUUUAUACAGUGUGUGUUUCGCCCGGGUGAGGCUAAGGUCGCACAUUAAGGUCAAGAAGCUCAUAGGAAUGUGCAGUAGCCAGAGGAGGAGAUAUAGUCAAGAACACCUCCAGAAAUGUUACGAAGACCACCGAGCGCUGUGGGAGAGUGAGUGUUGUAAGAAAUUGCCAGAGAAUGUCAAUCCAAGAUCUGUGUUUGCUUGUAACGAACUUGAUCUGCGAGAUGUUUCAGUGUACGGCUUUGACUAUGACUAUACACUGGCCAACUAUGAGCCAGCUGUGGAACACUUGAUAUACGAACUCGGAAAGAAUGUACUCGUCUCUAAGUAUAGAUAUCCAGAGGAAAUUAAAUCGCUGAAAUAUAACAGAGAGUUUGCAGUCCGUGGCCUCCACUAUGAUAUCGAGCACGGCCUUUUGAUGAAGCUGGACCAGUUUCAGCAGAUCCAGCAGGGCUCCAUUUACCAUGGCCUCACACCUGUCAGCCAAGAGCAGGUCCUUAAGACAUAUGGUGGCAGAUCCCUGCCAUUACAUUACGUGGAGGGCCAUUUGCGUGGGGCCUCGGUUUUCCAAGUUGAUGUGAUCCUGGACUGUGCCUUUUUGCCAGGAACUUCGCGGGACACAAAAAUGGCACAUCUGGCAGACCUCUUCUCCCUGCCUGAGAUGUGUCUACUAAGCCAAGUUGCGCAAUACUUCAUGGACCACAAUCUACAGUACCACUCCGUCCCUCUCUUCAAUGACGUGAAGGCAGCCAUUGCGAGCAUCCACCCGGAGAUGCACCGUAUUGUGGGUCGGAAUAUCAGCGAAUACCUAAUCAAGGACCCCGAUCUCGUUACCUUUUUCCAGAGAUUAAAAGAGAAUAAUAAAGAGAUCUUCAUUAUUACCAACAGCCCCUUUUAUUUUGUAAAUGCAGGUUUGUCAUACCUCCUCGGAGAAGACUGGCGAGAGUUCUUCGACGUUGUGGUGGCCAGCGCAAAAAAGCCAGCAUUUUUCACAGAUAGCAUGAGACCCUUCCGUGAGCUAAAUGAGGAAAUCCAUACACAAACAUGGGGUCCAGUGACGCAGUUAGAGAAGGGCAAAAUUUAUUUGGAGGGAAACCUAAAACGCUUGCAAGAGCUGAAGGGUUGGCAAGGGCAGGAGGUCCUUUACUUUGGCGAUCAUCCAUACAGUGACUUGGCUGACGUGUCCCUAAAUCACGGCUGGAGAACCGGAGCAAUCCUUUGGGAACUGGACUACGAGAUACAGUGUCUAAACUCGGAUGACUACAAGAAAAUGAGUGGAUGGCUGAUGAUCCUUCAGAGCUUGAUAGAAAGCAGCCAGGAUUUUGAGGAUGAAGAAUCUCGUAAGAUGAUCGAGAAGUGGGAGGAAGAGCGAGAUCAGUUAAGGAAGAAGACCAAAGAGCUGUUCAACCCUCACUUUGGCAGUGUCUUCCGAACCCAUGACAAUCCCACAUACUUCUCACGGCGUCUCUUCCGCUUUGCCGACAUCUAUACCUCGCGCCUCUCCAACCUGAAUGACUAUAGCAUCAACCACACAUUUUAUCCAAGAAGAGGUGUUUUGCCACACGAGUACAAGUCACUCUUCGUCUAAGAGGGACUCACUAGGCUGUAAAGCACCAAGUGAUUGCCUCUCCCAAAGCAUUAGUUUGUCAGCAAAUGGAAGUGGAGAAAGACAAAAAAGAAAUAAAGGAUAUAGAGAAAUAUAGAUAGAGGAAUGGAGCAAGAAGAUAAAGAGAAAAGGAAAAGAAGAGGAAAAAGAGACUAAAGGUAGAGAAUAAGGAAACAUGCCAUAGAAAAUAAAAGACCUUAGAAGGGACAGAGCAAAGCAUUAACGAUAGAAUAAAAGGGGUAGACGGAAGAUAUCAGAAAUUAAAGUUUAAUUGCAAAGAGUAUUGGUGCUGUAGUUAAAGUUAGAGGGAUUUUAAUAUGAUAUAUUCUUUGUUUUAUUAUCAUUAUCAUUAGAUUUGUGUCACAAAGUGUAGAGUUAAUAAUAAUGGUAGUGGUAAUGAAUAUUGUAUUGUUAUUAUUAUGAUUAAUAUUAGUAUUUGUUAUUAUUACUACUACUAUUAUUAUUAUUAAUAUCAUUAUCAUUAUUAUUAUUUGGCCUAGUUUUAUGAUCAUGAUUAAAAAAAU